GCAGAAUGCCUUCUCCUUUCCUUGGUUUCCUCGGCUGCAUGCGUGUGGCGGGGUGAUGUGUCUGAGUGCUGAGCAGGAGGAGGACAGCACCUGGCAGACAGGAAGAGAGGAGCGGUGGAGGACGAUACAAAUGAGGAUGAGCAGGGUCAUCCUGCUGAGAUAGAGAACACUCUCUCUCUCCUUCUCUCUGUGUAUCUUUUUCCCAUGCGGGGGUAGUAGACAACACAGGACUUUCAGCUCGACUGCAUGGAAGCUCAAGGAGGGGCCGGGAGCCCAGAGCCCAAUACAGACAUCCAGAAACUGCUGAAGCCCUCCAACUCAGGACAGCUGCUGUCCAAGGAGCUGUUCUCUCUGACAGCCGGUGAGGAAGAGGCCAGCCUGUCAGCUCAUGGCGCUAGCCUACUGCAUGUCACAGAGAGACGACAGCCGCUGAGCAGCGUGUCGUCCCUGGAGGUGCACUUUGACCUGCUGGACCUGACGGAGCUCACAGACAUGUCUGACCAGGAGCUGGCUGAGGUGUUUGCUGACUCUGAUGAGGAGAACCACAAUGAGUCUCCAGCAGGCCCCAACCAGCCCUCCCUGCCCAGAGCAGGAUACAUGCGUUCACCCUCGUGGACACGCUGCAGCAAGGUAGAGCCACACCGCGAGAGGAAGCACCACAGCGACUCAGACACCACAGAGCCCUUCAUGAAGCUGGACAGGCCGAAGCAGUCCUGAGGGCCCGGCCAGGGCCCCAGAGGGAGAAGUCCAGCCAUCCGCACAGAGCAGGCAAAGAGAGCAGAACCAUAAACACCAAGCUGUCAGAGACCGGAACCAUCCACCCCCCACAGGCAGAGACUGCAGCUGCCCCUCCCUGAUGUAGACAGCCAUGGUGUUGGGGAUGCUGGGGACGUUAGAACUGAUCAUGAGGGGGUUGCUGUUGCAUACAUGCAAACGUAUAUUUAGCAUGUUUUCUUUGCAAUGGGCCACUUCACACAGUCAGGAUUACUAGGCUUUUUUUGGGGGGGGGAGUGAAUAUCAGGGUAUUUUUUCUUUUCAUGUGCAGGGUGAACUGAAUACGUGCAUCAGUAUCUCCCGCAAAAGACCAUGGUGUUUGAUGGGAGCACCCUCUCCAUAUGCAAUGCAGUGACUGAGAUGAGGGUCAGGGUUCACUGCUGAGUUACAGCAAGCAAGGUGUCAAUCUCAGAGUUGGCAGACUGACAGACACUGAAUGAUGACGCCACCUGCUGCCAGGAACAACUUCCUGUAAUAUCUGAGGGAUUAUUCUCCACCUCUGUCCAUCGCUUUACUUUCCCCAAAUUCUCUAUAUUACUGUCAUUCAUCCUGAGUGUGUUGAAAGUAUAUUAUCUUAUUUUAUCUCACACUGUGGAUCUCAUUUUGACCUGGAACUAAGGUGCUGGAUGAAAAUAAAGAGUCAAAACAUAUUGUAUUUCACAUGUAGUGAAAGACUCCAGACUGGUCUGGAGCUCAGAGUACACAGGACGCAAACACACCGACAAAUAUCCAAAUGUUCACACAUUCGUAAGAGAAAUUAUGUAGGUAAUAGUGUACGCAAAUAAACAAAUGUACUUGCAAUUUACAGCAGGGGAUACAACCUCUAUGAACUCAUUGAUGUGUAGAGUUGCUGAGGCUGGCAUUCCACAUACCAGCCUGGGGGCACAGCACUAGAAUUCAGAGACAGGCCACAGACACAGGCCCUACAACAGAGGUCUCCAGCCGACCAACUGGAUAGUUAUGAAUUCAUACAUUAUUGGAACUAGGUGUGCUAGAUCAGUGUCAGAUAAAAAAAACUUCAGGAACAGGGUUGAAGACCACAGCUCUAGAACCAGAGGAUCUGUUAUCUGAUUCUGUGGGUGUAGUGCUGAAAUACAAUAAACAGGGAAGAAAAUUGGGACAAAAGGUCAUGUUUUAUUGACAAAUUUGUUUUCUAUGAAAACACCCCUACCAUAUCUGAGUAGUCUCCUCUACAUCAAAUACAGAGAGAACAGUCAUGGUAGUUUUGAGCACCAAUCAUCAGUAAGAAAGGCAGGGGUUACACUGGAACAUACCACUUUCACAGAGAAAAUACCUGCUGUUUUCUGUCACUCCUUGUACAUUUAUGUAUCUGUGUAUACUGAACAUAAACACAACAAUCCAACAAGAACACAGUUUGAGUGAUGAUGGUGUUUGAAACAUGUCUGGUUUUAAACCUCCAACAACAACAACAACAACAACUGUGUUUUCACAACCUGCUGAUCUCCCGUCUUUAAAGCAGUUGGACAACUGCAGAGCCCCUGUCCUUCUACAGGGUCUCCCCCUAAGUGUGCAGGGGCACUUUCAAGCUUAAUCCACACCACCACGGUGACUUAUAUAUCUCCAUGUCCUUUGAAUGACCGGAUUUUGUCAUUGUGGUUGUGUGGGAGACCAGCAGUCUUGGCAUAGUUACACAAACACACCUUACGUGGUAUCUUAGCUGUACACACGGCAGUGCUCUGAUGAGUUCAGCCUCUGUAAAGGUAGGGUAAGAAGAGGUAUUGAAUUUGGCUUAAGCCCUGAGUAAAUCAAAUUUAGUGUAGCUUCUGAAAGUAACAGUCCAGAGGUAAAGAACAGGAUAAGAGGUACAGAUGUGGAAUGGUAGAGGAAUAGACUUUCAUACUGUGCUGUGGUUAAUAUUGAAAUAUUCUAAAAAAAACAAA